AUGGAAGCCACCACAGCAGCCGCCACCCCUCUGGCAAAACCUCCUCCACCCGUGGCAGUUGGAACCCCCGUGGUGCCAAGGCAGCAGGAGGACGAAAACCGCCAUACCACUGGUUCGCCCACACCAUCACCAGCAGCAGCACCAGCAGCGGCAUCUCCUCCUGCCGUAACGAUUCCUCACUCGGCUGCUCUAGAAGAGCUAGCAAAAUUCAAUGGCCGUGCUGUUAUAAGCAAGAAAAGCAAUCUUAAAUCCAAUCACAAUGCCAAGCCUGGCGAAACGAAGCCUGGCGCUGUUGCUGUUGCUCCUUCACAUGUGCCCACUGCUAGCAGCAUCUGCCCGAUGAAUAAUAGUGACCUCAUGCAAGAUAUUGAAUCUCUCCUGUCCAAGCCAGAACCACUGCCGUCGGCUGUGGCUAGUAGACCUGCUCCUGACAUUGCUACAGUCAUGACUGUAAAGGACCUAAUAGAAGAUUAUGAAGGAAUCGUGUCCAACCGAGAGUCCCUGUCUACAGAUCAGCAGCCCCCAAUAAGACAGCAGCCCCCAAUAAGACCACAACCCACUGGACCGGGUGCCUUUCCAGAGCAUCCCAGUGGAUCCUCACAGAAUAUUGGUAACUUUGACGGUGGCAAUAAUAAUAGCAGUCCCGAGACACCGUGGGAAGAUUCCUCGGGCUUGGCAGUUGCCAACUUGGUGGUGGGCGAACAUGACUUGCAAACCGCUACUCCAGCUUCCAGAAGAAAACAAGAACCACAGGCAAGAAAACAGCUCAAAACCAUGAUCCUUUUAGGAGUCAUUUUUCUACUUGCCCUUGUUUUGGUCUUGAUUGCUAUUCUUGUCCCUGGCAAUAAUGAGCGAUCCUCUGAUUCGGAUGCGGAUGCCCAAAAAAUUGAGACCAGCACGAAUUUCCCAACCCCAGCACCAACUGCUCUCUCUGCUUAUUUGCUUUCUAUGCUCCCUCCUGACACGGUGGCGGCAAUAAUGGAUGAAGCAGACUCACCCCAGUCACAGGCAUUCGACUGGUUGAUGGAGAAACCCACUCUGCCCAGGGAGCGUAUGCUUCAAAGAUUCAUUUUGGCCACACUCUUUUAUUCUACAAAUGGAGACAGUUGGACUAGUAAUGCCGGUUGGCUCAAUCACAGCAUUCAUGAAUGUGUUUGGUACACCAAGCCCUCCUUGGCUAGGAUGGAUGUCAUGAAUCAAUGGUAUCCUGGGUUUCUGCAAGGUUUCUUUUCAGCCACAGAACCACUUCCAACUACAUGUGAUGCCAAUGGCAUCUACCAACAUCUUUGGCUGGAUCAGAACAAUCUAGGCGGAACUCUGCCAGAGGAGCUUUUUCUCCUUACAUCUCUCAAGACUCUCUCUGCUGGAUACAAUCAAAUACAUGGAACAAUCCCGAGUCUAAUUGCACAAAUGACUGCUUUGGAGGGACUUGGUAUGGGUUCCCUUCUAGGCAUCGGAACGGUUCCUUCCGAACUCGGACUUUUGACAAAGUUAAAGUACCUUGGAGUACGGGGCAAUAGUGACCAGGGAUCUCUCAAGGGAUCCAUUCCCAGUGAAAUUUGGCAGCUUACAAACUUGGAAACGUUUGGAAUGCCGCGCAACCCUCAGUUGCAAGGCCUUAUUCCAUCCGAUGUUGGAAUGCUUUCCAAGUUGACAUGGCUCGACUUUAAUGAUUGUGACCUGGCAGGUUCAAUCCCAACAGAGAUUGGCCUUGUAACCGAUCUUCAAUGGAUGAUCUUGUAUGGGAACAGAAUGACCGGAACUCUUCCUGGGACAACCAGCUCACAGGCCCUGUGCCAAGUGAGCUAG